GGUAGCACCUCGAACGUCCACACAUUCCAUUGGAUCACAUCACAUUCUCGUCCUAUGGCGUCCGAGAAUUACAAACCCAUCCAUUUAUAUUCAAAUUCGUAUGAAUCGUUCUCGUAUAGAGAUUCAAUCUGUCAAAAAUAGCUGUCAACAGUGGGGAAGUGAACACCAUUUUCUACCAUUUGGAAGACUAUUUGGACGAUAGAGAUGGGAUCUGGUCAAAGUGCGACCAGGAAAGUGUCUUUUGGAGUGGAUGAUGAGGACAGAGUACGGGUUCUUCGUGGAGUAAAGCUGUCAGAGGAUGUUCUCCAGAGGAUGAGGGGAGCAGGUCCUGCCAACCAAACAGCAGACCUCAAACCACCGCCCCCCACCAGCCCCACGAAAGAAAGUCCCCCUCCCUCUCCCCGUCCAUCGCCAACCCAGCAGCAGCGCCAACCCGGGCCUCAGCCCAGUCCACAGACAGCCCACUCUGACACCAAGGAGGAGCUCAAGAAGAGGUAUGAGCGGCAGCAAACAGUGGUUCAGGAGGAGUUAACGAAGGUGGCCCGGUGGGAGAGAGAGGCAGCCAGGACAGAGAUGAGCAAAGCACUGUACAGAGAGAGGCUUCAAUCAUGCCAGGAGAGGGAAAAGACCAAACUACUACCUGCUGAAGAGGUGGAUGCCUGGGCUAAACAGUUGGAGAAGAAGGAGGCAGAGCUGAAAGCACUGGAUGCCUUUUUCAAGGAGCAGUUGGCACAACUGGAGAAGAGGAAUUUGGAUCGAUACAAGCAAACCGAGAAACAGUUCCACGACCAAGCCACAAAAUCCGAAGCUCUUGUAAAAGCAAGGAACACCGAGCCUGUGUGCAUCAACCUGCAGUCCCAGAUCCUCAACUGCUACAAGGAGAACCGGGAGCAGACAUUGCAAUGCUCAGACCUGGCCAAAACGUACAUGCAGUGCAUCGACGCAGCCAAGAAGAACCUGCUGGUAAACCAUGGAUGAAGAGCAGUGGAGAAGGCUGAAUGAAACUCAUGUCCAGGAACAGAUUUACUGCAGCACAAGACUGGCACUUCCAAACUUCUCGCUGAUUCAUAUUUAGGGGCAAAGAGCUGCUUUGGUGUUAGCAUAAUGCCUUUUAUACAUUGUUUUAAUCAUUUUAUCUUCAUUUUGAAGUUGCACUACGUAGACGCUACUGUACAUUUUUACAGGGUAAAAUAGAUAUUUGAAAGAGGACUGACUGAAGAUGGUUUUAAGUUGUAUUUUUUAACAAUAUACUCAGGACUUCCUGACCAUUUAUCAGGUUUCUAUCAUAUCCAUUCCAUUAUUUCAUCAAUUAAACCAUAUCCCUAUGCUGA